AAAUCACGCUUUUUUCAACUCGUGGUGUAUAUUAGCGAUUUAAUUGCUAAAAAAUUUAUUUUCUUUAUUAAAAAAUUAUAACUAUCGAAAAACAUGGCAUUCGAUUUGUCUAGCAGCAAUGAAUCUGGUGGUGUCGAUCGUGAGCUUAAAGAAUUUUUACUAAUGGAACAAAAAAAAGCUCAAUUUCAACAACAGGUGAAUCGUUUGAACGAUAUUUGUUGGGAUAAAUGUGUGACAGACAAACCUGGAUCAAAACUAGAUUCACGUACGGAAAAUUGUCUGAAAAAUUGCGUAAAUCGAUUCAUUGAUGCUUCGAUGACCGUAGCUCAACGUUUUUCUGGCUUGAUUCAAAAACAGCAAUAAUCGUCGAUGGUUUAUUUUUUUUUUUUUUUCCACAAUUGUAGAAUACUAAUAAAACAUGUUUUCAAAUUGA